CGUGGUUAAGCGUCGACGCGUCCACGUGAAGCAGCAGCAGCAGCAGUAGUAGUAGUACCAGCACCAGCACCAGCAUGACUUCUGUUCUGGACCCGGAGGUCCAGCUGGCCCAGAAACUGGCCUCCAACGACAAACCCGUCCGGACCAAGGCCAUGAAGAGGCUCCGCAAGUACGUCAGCGCGAGGUCCCAGGCUGCAGGUGGGUUCUCGAGUGACGAGCUGCUCCGGCUGUGGAAGGGUCUGUUCUACUGUCUGUGGAUGCAGGACAAGCCUCUGCUGCAGGAGGACCUAUCCAACCAGAUCUCCACCCUGAUCCACAGCUUCCACCACAUCGACAGGCAGUUGCUCUACCUAGAGACCUUCCUGCAGACCAUCACAAGAGAGUGGACCGGUAUUGACAGGCUGCGAAUGGACAAGUUCUAUCAGCUGGUCCGAUUCAUGUUCAGACAGACGUUUGAGGUUCUGAAGAGGAGAAGCUGGAAUAUCGGGUUGGUGACCCAGUUUGUGGAUCUUCUGACCCGUGAAGUUCUUCAGAACUGUGAGGCUCCGUCUGGACUGCAGUUCCACAUUUUGGAUCUUUAUCUUGACGAGCUGGCGGCAGUUGGCUCAGCAGAGCUGACUGCAGAUCAGAACUUUGUCUUCAUCGAACCGUUCUGCAAAACAGCUGCUAAAACCAAGAAUCGGACUCUCUUUGGGGCCAUCUGUAAAAGCAUCUUCAGUGCCAUCAUAGAGCAGGCACCCUUUGCCAUUGAAGACCUGAUGAACGAGGUGAAGACGACCGAGGAGGAUUCAGGACAAGAAUCGGAGGAGGAGGAGGAGGAGGAGGAGGAGGAAGAAGAGGAGGAGGAAGGCCGAGGAAAAGAGAAGUCAAAUAGCAAAGCAGUCAAAGGUAUUAAAUCAAACAAAGCUGAAAAGGAGACUGAUGAUGAUGAGUCUGAGGGAUCUGAUGCAGAACUUCAUGACAUUGGACCAGUUCUCCAGUUUGAGUACGGUGCUGUGGCAGAGAGACUCUUCCAACUGGCCAGUCGGAGUGGUACAAUGGGCCGGAACCGACAAAGACUCUACAGAAUCAUCAAAGUGCUGCGUGACCUCAGUGAAGGCGUUUUUCCUGAGGAUGAAUAUCCUGAGGAGGUCUCCACAGAUGAGGAUGAUGAUGAGUUUGGCAGCAGGAAGAGGAUGAAGAGGUCACAUGGUCACACAGAGGAUGACGAAGCAACAACAAAGAGAAGUAAAGCUAACACAGGAAAGAAGGGGGCUCUCGACAACAAAGACGAGACAAGAAACCCGGUUAGUGUUCCUCAUCAGAACCAGUCGCAGGGAAGGAAAAAUGAGCAAAACCACAAGCUUGAUUCUGACUCCAAGCCUGAGGACCAAGAGAUGGAAAAGCAGCAGACAUCACCUCAAGGAGGUGUUGUAGACGUGAAGAGGAGGAGGAGGAUGAUACCUGAGGCUGAGUCAGAUAUCUCACCUGUAAGUGCUGAGGAAACCUUGGCAGCAUCGUCUGAGGACGGCAAUGCUGCAAAAUCUGUGAAGAGGAAGAGGAGGCGCCAGAAGAUCAAACUGACUGAUGCAUCACUGUCUGAGGGCGGCGACUCACCAGCAAUGGUCCAAACAGAAGGCCUUCCAGAUUCAGUUGAAAACCCAACACCUGGGAUCCUGAAUGAGCCGGAUGCUGCAGCCACACCCAAGAAGAAGAAGAAGAAGAGGAGAAGGAGCAGUCUGCUGAUGGAUGGACAGCAGAACAAUGUGGCUGGUUCAGGUGAGGUACCUGAGCUCCCACCUGGAGCUUCACAGCUCUCUCCUGCGCUGCCAGUGGGAAACAGAACCAAGAAGAACAAGGGUGGGAAGGAUCAAGUCCCUGAGAAAGCUUCUCCAGGAGAUGUUUCAGACUUUAACAAAAACAGGGAAGAACCUGAUGCCUCUGCUGUAGAUGAAAGCUUAGAGACAAAGAUAAACCAGGACAAACCAACGACCACAGAAAAAGAGUAUGAAAUUACUGUAACAAUGCCAAGGAAAAAGAACAAAAAGAAAAACAAGAAGCUAACGGCUGAACUGAGCCAGGUUUCAGGUGAGUCUCAGGUGAGCCAAGCUGGCCUCACAGAUUCAGAGGUUCCCUCAGCUGAGACGGCAGUUAUGAAUUGUGGGAAACCAGUGAAGCAGAAGAGGAGGAAGAUUCCAGUUGAGUUUGAGUUUGAAGCAGACGAGCUGGAGGAAACUACGCGGAACCACCAGGAACCACCGGCGGAAAACCCUGAAGAGAGAACCGCAAAGAGUCAGUUUCAGGGUGACUGCAAGCCGUGCACAGCUUCAAGUCUUAAAAAGCCACAUAAGAAGAAAAAGACUGCCGCAGAAUCAGGAUCUGGCUUCCUCAGCUUCCAGAAUAAAGCUGCUGUCCCGACGCCGCUCUUCUGUAAGACCAGAGGACGAGCAGCAACCCCCCUGUCCUUCAAGAAGAAGAAGAAUCAAACUCCCCAGUCAGAGUCAAAGAAGGUGACCUUUGGUCUGAAGAAUAAUAAGACAGCCGAAUUCAGGAAAACAGAUCGCAGCUUGCUGUUGAGUCCACAUGGUUCAUCACGCAUUCCCUUCGAUCCACAGCAGAAACCCAAGUGUGGGGUCCUGAAGUCUCCACCCACCACCAUAAAGACCCCCACCAGCUCCAGGAACUCUGGCUCAAAGGGCUUGAAGAGAAGACCCAGAGCUGUAGACUUCUUCUGACUGACAGGGGACACUUUACCCGGGACUUCAGAACCACACCAGCCUUGCUGUGGUUCAAAUCUUUAUGUGUAAAACUGGUUUUGGUUUUAAUAAAGUUGUUUUCCACAUUUCCAUGUUUUAUUCAAGGUUUCAGGUUUU